AUGGGCGAGCCCCAAAUCCCCGAACCCAAGCCCACCCAGAAACCCACUUCACCGCCGGAACCGCCGAUCCCCACCGCCGGCAGAGGGUUCUCCCACGGCCCCCACUUCCCAAACCCGCCGGAAUCGCUGAAUCCCGACGCCGCCACGCUCAGGGAGCAAUGGCGGUUUGCGAUCAAACAGUACAGCAAGUGGUACUCCCACGCGUGGGGCACAGCUAUACUGGCCGGCCUCUCGUUCUUCGCCCUCGGAUGGGUUAUCAAAGGCUCCAAUCCUCUGCCUUCCUUCAAACCCGGUAAUGCGAGUGUGAAUGAAUCCUCACCGUCCGGUGGUGGUGUCGGUGAAGAUAAAGCUGCGGCUGAGGUGAUUGAGUUUUGUGGAGCAUACUGUAAAUGUUCUUUUACGGCCACUCACAUAUCUAGUCGCCAUAAAAGGGUGGGAGCAGAAGAGAUGUGAAAACCUUGUUGUUUAAUACUGUUGGGAUGAAAAAGCUUUCAGAUAUAAGAGUAUGAGCAUACCUUGGUAUCAAAGGGUCACUGUAUAAUGUCUUCUAAAUGUGGAAAUGAUUACUUACUUCUGCAUCAAAAUGAUUGUUUUUGUUUCUUUAUGUACCAAGCUGAUACCACUGUACUGGUUUAAGGUUUAUACAUAUUUUUUUUUAGUAAAAUGUACCUAGAGAAAGCUGUAGGUGAGCUGGGUAAUGUUGAUGGUCCAAGUUCAUAUUUCAUACCAUUUUGGUAGUGAUGGUUUUUGAU